GGCAUUCGACCUCCGCCUCGACCAAAUGAUGGAUGUCAGAUUAUUGCAGCUGCUCGCCGUCCUGCUGCUCAACGGCGUGCUACCAGUCCUCAGCGUAGGAGUGUUCGACCUCCGCCUUGUCUCAACUGAGGCUUUCGUGCUGAUACUCCCCAUCGUGCUCCGCAAGGCCUUGCUGCCGGUAUCCGACGUGCUGCGUAGAGCUGGAGUGCUCGACCUCCGCCUCGCCAACGUCAUGGAUGUGGGCUCCGUGCAGCUGCGCACAAUCGUCGUGCCGCAAGUGCCCAACGUGCUGCACAGAGCCCGAGUCCUGUUCCACCACCUCGUCCAACUGGUGGAUGGUAGACUCGUGCCUCUGCCUAUCAUCAUGCUAAUCCACGUCGCGCGUCGGAGCCCGACGUGCUGCUCAGAGAUGAAGUUCUCGAUAUCCGACUCGCCCACGUGGUGGACGUGAGAUUAGUGCAGCUGAUCACCAUAUGCCGUCUGCCUUCCCUUGUGACAAGGCCGUGGCCCCCGAUCAUGUUUCCACUAUUACCGUUG